AGGAGCGCAGGGCUCAGAUGCUGGGGUCCUAGGCAGGCUGCGACUCUGUGGUUUGGUUUGGACUUCUCACUAAAAGAAUGCCGCCAGUGGAAUAGAAUCGGACCAUCCGGUGCUAUUGAGCUACAAAAAUAUAUUUACUGAUACUUAAUUUGAGAUUUUCUGACAUUUUUACUACCUCAAAGAACUCCAAGAAAAUCCAUGGCUGGAGCAGUCUUCAGUUUAAAAAAAAGAAGGAAUAGUUGAUCCUGCAUUUUCAGACAGAGGGAUGGUGCUGUUAUUGCGCAUCAGUUUUAUUUUUGUUGGAGGAAAAAAUACGCAUUUAAUAGAUGAACCAAUCGAGAUACCCCUGGAGCUUUUUAUAAAUUGAAGACAAUUCACAUGUGUGAGAAGAAUGUUCCAUUUCAUCUCGUUUUCUUUUGAUAUUGGAAACAAACAACACUGAACAAAAACAUUAUGAAUACCACUUUGUUUUGCCUUGGAAUCCAACUAUAAAGUUUUCUUUAUGGAGUUUCAAAAUGACAUAUUCUAAUUUGAUGAACGAAAGCAAUGAUGGAAUAUAUUUUGAAAAAGCUCUCAACGAAUCUUUCCUGGAGCAAAUGUUAUUCACAGACAACAGCACCAACUCCACCAGCUGCACCAACAUCACACUGGACCCCCAGGUCAUUGCAGUCGGGGUCUUUCUAUCCAUGUUCAUAUUAGUGGCUAUCGUUGGGAACAUUUUGGUUAUCCUCUCGGUGCUGUGCAAUAGACACUUACAGACCGUAACGAACUUCUUUAUAGUCAACCUGGCCAUAGCGGACUUGCUAUUGAGCAUUAUUGUGCUUCCUUUCUCCGCGUCUUUGGAAGUGCUGGGAUGCUGGGUGUUCGGCCGGGUCUUUUGCAACAUCUGGGCAGCGGUGGAUGUUCUCUGCUGCACCGCGUCCAUCCUCAGCCUCUGUGUCAUCUCCAUAGACAGGUACAUCGGGGUCAAACACUGCCUCAAAUACCCCACCAUCAUGACGGAGAAGAAAGCCGCCGUCAUUCUGGUGUUGGUCUGGGUCUCCUCCAUGGUCAUUUCCAUAGGACCGCUGCUGGGAUGGAAGGAACCGCCGCCAACGGACGAGAGCGUCUGCAGCAUCACCGAAGAACCGGGCUAUGCCCUCUUCUCCUCGCUCUUUUCCUUCUACCUCCCGCUUAUGGUCAUACUAGUGAUGUAUUUCAGGGUCUACGUGGUGGCCAGGAGGACUACCAAGAGUUUAGAAGCGGGGGUCAAACGGGAAAGAAAUAAGUCGAUAGAAGUGGUGCUUAGGAUACACUGUCGGAGCAUGCUGGAGGAUACUUCCAAGAGUAAAAACCACCCGUUCCGGAGUUCGCUGUCCGUGCGCUUGAUGAAGUUCUCCCGGGAGAAGAAGGCUGCCAAAACGCUGGCGAUUGUCGUCGGGAUGUUCAUCCUGUGUUGGCUACCGUUUUUCUUUGUUUUACCACUGGGUUCCUUCUUCCCGGCACUGAAGCCAUCUGACAUGGUCUUUAAGGUCAUCUUCUGGCUGGGCUACUUCAACAGCUGCAUUAACCCUGUCAUCUACCCGUGCUCCAGCAAAGAGUUCCAGCGCGCCUUCACCCGCCUCCUCCGCUGCCAGUGCCACCGCCGCCGCCGGGUCCUGAGGCGCUUCUACAACCAGCGCUGGCGCACAGCCGUCAAGGGCCACCACCAGGGCAUAGGUGGUAGGGAAAUGGAUACGAUGGGUAUCGGCAAUGCCAGGGUGACAGACUGCCGACCGGGUUACACCAUCAACCACGAGUCGUGCGGGAGCUCGCACUACCACAAGGGUACUAAAGGACCUUCGCUAAGUUUUAAAGGGUGGAGCCUGUUCCCGCCGCUACAAAAGUCAUCGUUCCAGCUCAAAGAGAAGAUGAACAAUCUGUCCAAUAAGAUUAAGGGAGGUCCGGGCGGGAAGGGAGGCGUCACGGCCCCCGCCCUGGCGAGGACUGAGAUAGACACGGUUUCCAUGGGGAUUUACAACGAGGUCGCCGAGCAGAGCUGCUAUCAGAUCUAUGACCUCACAGAGUGCUACGGCCUGAAGGAGACAGACAUCUAGAUUCUUGAGGGACAGACAAAGGGAGUGGCUAAUAUGGAUGGCUACUGUCAUUCAAUUGCUUAACCUUCUUCAAUGACAUUUGCAGUGACGCCACAAGUGAAAGCGCUUGAUGGUUGCCAUUGGGGUGUCAACAUGGGGAAUAACCAAUAUAAUUCCGCCUUAAAACACCUAGAUGGGAUUUGCCGUUGCAAACCAGAAAGAGGUAAAAGGAAAAGGAAAGUGCUCUUUUCCACUUGAGCCAUGGAAUGGAAUGCGGAAAUUCCACAAAAUGUCAGAUCGGAACAUGGGGUUAUCACGGGAACAUUUGACCAGCAAACAAACAGGACUGAAAGAACAUUUGUCUGCAGAGAGUUGUUUGGACAUCGAUCAAAGGGUUGAGUUCAUUUUGUCUGGAAAUGGCGCACUUUGAUCCAAGCACAAAUUGCUCCAAAAUAUGAUAUCAAACCUUAAUGACUGUAUCGUGUUUGUUUCAUUUUGUUGGAUGGAGAUUGAAGUGAAGUGGAAUGAAACAUUAUUUCUUGGAGCUGUGUUAGAAAGAUAAAUGCAGGACAAUAAGUGGGUGUGGAAAAGUCACUUUCUGGACAGGUGGCAAGAUGUCAAACUGACUUCUCAAUGAUAGGCUGGGCUCAUCAGCAGCCGGUCACUGUGUCCUUUGAGCAUUCUCACUCUCAACUCCAAACAGCUCAACCCCUACAACCAGCAGCAACACGGAGACACUAUGAACCUCCAUUCUACCAUAUAACCUACAGACAAACACCCCUUUUCUAGGGUAUCAGACCAUCCAGCUCAACUUAACACAAUGCAGCUGGGCACAGAUGUGUGUUGUCGGAACAGAGCAAACACAUAGAACAAAGCGAAAGCCACUGACUUGAAUGACGAAACCAUUGCACAGGACAAUUUCGGGAUGAUAUGGGUAAACAUAGGGUAAUGUAUUGGUAAUUAUAAUUGCAUCUGAUUAUUUUGCUAAGUGAAUGAGUGGAGUGAACUGUGAUGAACUGACAUGAGCAGACCUCUGUGAAACAGCAUUAUAAAAGUGAUGGGUCACGUUCAGACUGAAAACAAUGUUUGGACCAGUUGAAUAAGUAUCGUGGUGUAUGUACCUUAACUGCAUUCAGAGCCAGAGAGAAGAGAGGUCAUUUAUCUUUUGAAAGGACAAGGGAUUGACAGAAUCAAAGCCUGGAACCCAUUGAUUACACUAUCUGUCUGUUCUUUGCAUUGCCAAAAAGACGCUUUGAUUUUGUUUGUAUUUACUGAUGGUUCAAUGACGUCUGUCAAUGUCAAGCAAAAUAAAAAUGGAAAAAAAUACCACUUUUUUA